AUGUCUGAUGAAAAUAUUGAGACCAUCCUAGAAGCGGCACACAUGACGCUUAUGGUAAAUCUCCAGAGCCAUUGUCUUCAAUUUCUCCUACACAGACUCAGCGUGGCCAAUGUGAUCAGCACAAUGAGGCUAGCAGAACGAUAUGAGGCGAUCAAACUCAUAGAAGUGUGCGACUCUUUACUACAAAGGUCUGAAGACUCGAUCGUUUUUAGUCCAGAGAUUGCCUCAAUGAAAUCGCAGAACUUCCUGGCUUUCUUAAACAUGGAGGUAAUUUCCAACUACAAGAAAUCGGUAAGGGCGAGUCUUGUACUUUGUUGGCUGUCAGCUAAUGUACGAAAAAGAAAAGUCUGCGUUGAAAACUGGUUUCAGAAGAAUCCUGUCAGCGAAGACGUUAUAAGUCAUUUGCCGCUGUCAUCCAGGAAAAAGUACGAACUGGUCACGUGGCACAGAGAGCAGAAAAUCGCGAACGAAAUUCCAGCCUGUCUAACGAAUGAGACUGCAGCUGACCAACUUCCGCUGAUUGGCAACUGGACGGUUGUCGUGCAAAGCUAUUGCGGUAAAACCGGUUUCUACUGUCCUGAAAUGAGAAAGUGGCACGUGCUUAAUUUACCUGUAAUCGACGGCGAGUUAUUGGGCCUUUUAAACGGCGAAUACCUAGCUUAUUUUGAGGUUGAAAUCAACGUCAUUACUUACAUUCAUCUGCCAAGUGGCACCAUCAAGCAGACUUCAAUCCCGGGCUCAUAUCCACAUAGUAAUUAUCGGAAUUGUGACGUCGGCUCGGCACAACCAUAUCACUAUUUUUGUCGUCACGGCUUCCUUUAUGGGAUCAAUCCUAUAACAACUCAACAGAACAUCGUAGGAUGGGGUGUCUAUCGAUAUUUUCUCAGUGAAGGUACUGGAUGGCAGCUGCUCGGGGACACUAUUUUCUCGCGUGAUUUCAACAGAAAUGUACAGCCAAGAUCCGAAGUGAUGAUGUCUCCGAUCUAUGAUUCAACUGGCCAUUCUCCAGACGAACCUAUUGUGUAUAUAUUUCUUCAAGAGUUUUUUAGUACCGGUAAUGUGUCUGUAACGUUCCUUUAUAAUCACCAGGUUAAAGAAUACUAUUCGUUCACGGCGUGUAAGACGUGGAAUCAGUGCUUGGAUAUUCUAGUGUUUCCCGAGGUGAUCUUUGUCGCUCGCUUCAACACGGUAGUUGGUCUGAGCGAUUUACCUUCAGAGUUAAAUUUUACCGAGGAGGAUGCUACUAGUCAAGUAAACCUGUGUUACCAAGUUGGCAACUCGUCUCUAAAGUCAUUGAACUCUCUUUCUCUGACAAUCCCCAAGCCGUCACAUUUCCCGCUCCGAUACGCGUGGACUUCGUCGGUCGUAAGUUCCAUCUCUGGCAAGAAAACCACGCCUUUGUGUCCCUUUACAAGCAGCAAACAAGUGGUAGUAUUUGAUGGACAUAUCUACUUGGCUGCACAUCUGACUCCGCUUGACUACCAAGUUAUGAUUUACGAUUUGAAUAAUUAUCCUAAGGGCAAUUUACCCCCAAUCCCUUUUCCAAGUAACCGAGAAAUAAAAAUGACCCCAGUACGCACGACGAAGCCGAUUUCUUCAGUGAUCGAAGCCUGCAAGAAUAAAAACGUCAAUCGAAGUACUUACAAGCGACAUCAUAGCGAAAGGAUCUUCAUAGAUUGGGUGUUUAACUCUUGGAAAGGACAGUAUAAGAUAAUAAUUGAACCCGAUUCCGGCAAGAUGCAGACGUCUGAAGACAACAAAGAAAUUUUAUCUGAAGUCACCAUUUAA